UCAAAACACAACUUAAUUUCCUUGUAAAAACAAAGCAAUCUUGCAAAUUACAUCAAAUAUGGCUGCUUCUAGCAAUUGCUCAAUCAGCCUCUUGUUGAUCGUCGCAUUAUUGUCCUUAUCAAGCAUAUCGACUAGUCAUGCUGCUCGUGGCCUACUGCAACUUCCCAACUUGCCUACGAUCCCUUCCUUGCCUCAACCAACAAUGCCACAAUUACCAAAUAUUCCAAACUUGCCCACAACAUUGCCACCAUUACCAAGUGUUGCAUCUUUGCCAACUCUUCCAACAGCUAAGUCACCUCUACCUUCUUUGCCUAAUUUGCCCUCUGUCCCGAAAAUGACUCUGCCUCCAAUGCCCACAAAUCCUCUGCCCAACAUACCAUCACUUCCCAAAAUUCCUACAAUUCCAACACUUUCACCUCCUCCAUCGUCUAACUAAUCUUGCAGCUUCCAACCGCGUGAUUUUUACCUUUCUUGCCACAUUGUUAUUUUGAUCUUUUAUGUACUGUAUCAUUUAUAUACAAUAUUGAUUGUCAUUUGUGUUUACCCAA